AGAGCUCAGAGGAGGCAUGCCUGUGUCUGUGACAGUCACAGAUCCCUAGGCCACCUGCCUUGUCCUGCUGUGCUGGUGAGGAUUGCCCAAUCUGGGGUCCCUAAGGAGCCUGGGUCCCUGUCCUAUCCUGGAGUACAAACUGCUGAUCACAAGAUAGAUGCUGAACUAACCCACUCUGAUAUCAAGAGUCCUUCUGAAGUUCCUCUGAGUCUGAGUUCUGGGUGGCCUAGGACCAAGGACAUUGGCAGAUUUCCAGAAGGGACCCCCAAAGCCCUAAGCUGACCAGCCAAAGCAUGGUUUUAGCUGAUGUCCUGCCCAAGUCUCUGAUGACAAGAAACUACUUCUCUUUCAGGUCUCCCUGGGUGGUGUGCUUCUAACAGUUCUGCUGAGGAAGGAUGGGAAGCCUGCCCAGCCGAAGGAAAACCCUGCCAAGCCCAAGUUCCAGCCCUCCUGUCCCAGGCCAAGGACCUGAGCUCAUGCAAGCAGAGAAGAGCAAGGCCACAGCUGUGGCUCUGGGCAGUUUCCCGGCAGGCGGCCAGACUGAGCCGUCUCUGAGACUAGGAGAGCCAUUGACCAUCCUGUCUGAGGAUGGAGACUGGUGGACAGUGCUGUCAGAAGUCUCAGGGAGAGAGUACAGUGUCCCCAGCAUGCACGUGGCCAAGGUCUCCCACAGGUGGCUGUAUGAGGGCCUGAGCCGGGAGAAGGCGGAGGAACUGCUGUUGUUGCCUGGGAACCCUGGAGGGGCCUUCCUCAUCCGGGAGAGUCAGAGCAGGAGAGGCUGUUAUUCCCUGUCUGUCCGACUCAGUCGCCCUGCAUCUUGGGACCGGAUCAGACACUAUAGGAUCCAGCGCCUUGACAACGGCUGGCUGUACAUCUCACCACGCCUCACCUUCCCCUCACUGCAGGCCCUGGUGGACCAUUACUCUGAGCUAGCAGAGGACAUCUGCUGCCUCCUCAAGGAGCCCUGUGCACUACAGAGGCCUGGCCCAAUUCCUGGCAAGGAUAUCCCCCUACCAGUGACUGUGCAGAGGACAUCAAUCAAUUGGAAAGAGCUGGACAGCUCCCUCUUGUUUUCGGAAGCACCUGCCACAGGGGAAGCAUCUCUUUUUAGUGAAGGGCUCCGGGAAUCCCUCAGCUCCUACAUCAGCCUGACUGAGGACACCUCUUUGGACAACGGCAAGAUUAAAAGCAAAGGUCGAAAAGGAAACCAAGUCUGUGGCACUUAGAACCCCAACUCAGCUCAUCAUGGGCAUCCCGGGGGGCAAAGCAUCCAGCUCCACCUUGAGCCUUUGCUCCUCCCUCACUUGGCUCCAAGAAGUCAUUUACUUCCUCUCAGGCAAUGACUCUAUCUAUGACCUCUAGUUCAAGUGGAGGGCAGUUGAGAACAGAGCCAGAGCUCCAAAGAAAGUAAACAGCCAGGUGCAGUGGCACAUGCCUGUAAUCCCAGCUACUUGGGGCCCUGAAGCAGGAGGAUCUAGAGUUCAAGG